ACCCACUGCUUCUCUCUCUCUCUCUCUCUCUCUCUCUCUCUGUCUCUCUCUGUGAGUCUCUCUCAUCAGAUAGAUCAAACGGUCUCUGUGCUUGGUUUAGUUCUGUAAUUAAAGCGAAAAUGGAGGGCAAGGAAGAGGAUGUCAAGUUGGGAGCCAACAAGUUUUCGGAGAGGCAGCCGAUUGGGACGUCGGCUCAGACCCAAGAUGAAGGCAAGGACUACAAGGAGCCGCCACCAGCGCCGCUGUUCGAGCCCGGUGAGCUGACGUCAUGGUCGUUUUACAGGGCUGGGAUCGCCGAGUUCAUCGCCACCUUCCUUUUCCUGUACAUCACCAUUUUGACGGUGAUGGGCGUCGUCAAGUCUCCGUCAAAGUGCUCGACGGUCGGGAUUCAAGGGAUCGCUUGGGCUUUCGGCGGUACCAUCUUCGCCCUAGUCUACAGGACAGCCGGCAUCUCAGGGGGUCACAUAAACCCGGCGGUGACGUUUGGACUGUUUUUGGCCCGGAAGCUGUCGCUGACAAGGGCGGUUUUCUACAUCGUCAUGCAGACGCUUGGGGCGAUCGCCGGUGCGGCGGUGGUGAAGGGCUUCGAGAAGAGCCGCAACUUCGAGUUGCUUGGUGGCGGGGCCAACUCUGUAGCCCAUGGCUACACCAAGGGAUCAGGGCUUGGUGCUGAGAUCGUUGGCACCCUUGUUCUUGUCUACACAGUUUUCUCGGCCACUGAUGCCAAGCGCAGCGCCAGAGACUCCCAUGUUCCGAUUUUGGCACCUUUGCCUAUUGGGUUCGCUGUGUUCUUGGUGCACUUGGCUACCAUCCCCAUCACUGGAACUGGUAUCAACCCAGCUAGGAGUCUUGGUGCUGCCAUCAUCUACAACAAGAAGCAUGCAUGGGAUGACCAUUGGAUUUUCUGGGUUGGACCGUUCAUUGGGGCAGCACUUGCAGCUUUGUACCACGUGGUUGUGAUCAGAGCCAUCCCCUUCAAGUCCAAGUCUUAAAUUCUGUGCUAAUUGAUGGUUUAUGAUGAUCGUCAACAUGAUGCCAAGUGUUAAUGAGCAGCAAAGCAUGUGUUUGAUUGGAUCUGCUUCAAGAAUCAACGGCCCUGGUUUCCUUUCGUUUUUAGGCAAAGGCCCCCAUCUGAUUUGUGUGCAGCUUGUCUUGUGCAGCAGAGCUACUACGACGAUUCCAGCACGCACCCAAAGCCGAUGGAUCUCUUAGCUUUUUGGUUCUUGGAGAUUGGGGAAGAAGAGGAGCCUUCAAUCAAUCUCAAGUUGCUCUUCAGGUUCAUGUUCAUCAAUCAUGGAGCAGACAAACGCUUUCACGAGCACUAUGGUUUGUCUCAACUUUUCUAAUUACAUAUAUUAAUGUCAUGAUAAGGUUUGCUUUUUUU